GUGCCUGGUUGCUGAUCUCUACACAUCCCUGCAGCCGCGGACGGUCCCCGGCUAUUGGACACGGAGCAGAGACAUCCACAUAUUAAGAUGUUGUUCUUCUAACAGAGGUCGCCACGCCAGCAGAUAAGUGGGGAUGACAGGUUGAUGUUCCCUGAACAAAGAUGGCCGGGGCAGCCUCGUGACGGGUCACGUGGUAAAAACAAAAAGCCUGCUCUAACGGCUCUGCAGCCAUGUCGUCACUGCACGCUGAUUGGCUUUUUCUUUAAAGGUCCAGACGCUGAUUGGUGGGUUCUCCCUGCCGGCAGAUUUAAACUGUUCCCCGUGUAGUGUGUGUGUGAUCGUCGCCGCCGGUGCUUCUGCCUGAUCCGUGGAUGUCUGCUAUCGGGAUCGCAGGUGAGAGGACGGACCCGACCCACACUGCCACCCGCAGGGACCUGCCGCAGUAAGUAGGGUUUUAUCCAGGAAGAUGAAUCUGGCUGAUCACUUGUCCGCAGAGAUCCAGAGCAGUGUCACAAUAGAAUAUCUCAACGCAUCUGGGCAGGCAUUGAAGCGCAAAGUUAUACGUAAUGCAUUCACCACACUUGGGCGCAAUGAGUUCCGGGAGUUGGUGUUGAGGGUGAACGAUGGGAAACUGUCUCAGAACUUUACUCUGAAGCAGAUAAAACUCUUCAACCGCUUCAUGCAGGAUGGAAAGAGCACAAUUGUUCUUCAACCAGACAAUGUCCAGCUGCUGAUCUCCAACUGCCCCUCGGACAAGCUAAAGCACUUCAUGAAGACUCUGAUGAUUAAGCAUGAAGCUUCAAAGAGUGAAAAACCAGUUAAUGAGCGGAUGCGGCUGUUGUUGGGUCUCCCCCGGGUGUUUGAGACCAUCAGCCCAGUCCAAAAGAAAGAUGUGGUGCAGGCAAACGAGAUGCGUGCCAAAUGUAACACAGAGACCCCUGUCAAGAGGAAAGGGCUUGGUCAUAGCGGACCUAACGCAGCAAACAGAUGUCCGCAGAAACGGGCAAGAACAGAAUCUUCAGAGAACAGUCUAAUUUCAGAUCUUCGUCCCAGCAAGAAGCCAACUCUGACCAUGCCCCGGCAAAUGCAGCUCUCCACCGAACAGGCCAUGGUUCUCCGCACCGUCCUCAGCGGAAAGAACGUGUUCUUCACAGGGAGUGCAGGCACAGGGAAGUCCUAUCUGCUGAAGAGGAUUGUUGGCGCUCUGCCACCAAAAAGCACUUAUGCCACAGCGAGUACUGGGGUGGCCGCCUGUCACAUCGGUGGCACCACGUUGCACGCAUUUGCAGGUAUCGGUUCGGGGAAGGCACCAUUGGAGCAGUGCAUUGAAAUGGCCAAGAGGCCCGGGGUGCGUCAGCACUGGGUAAGCUGCCGACACCUAAUCAUUGAUGAGAUCUCCAUGGUGGAAGGUGAACUCUUCGACAAGUUGGAGGCUGUUGCCAGGGCAGUGCGUGGUCGGGAUGAGCCCUUCGGGGGGAUCCAGCUUAUUGUCAGCGGAGACUUCCUCCAGCUCCCACCGGUUACUCAGGCUUCAAGUCAGACAAAGUUCUGCUUCCAGGCGAGAAGCUGGAGGAAAUGUAUCCAUCUCAACAUGGAGUUAAUGGAAGUGAGAAGACAGACGGAUAAGAAGUUCAUUUCCCUGUUACAAGCCAUUCGCCUGGGCAGAUGCACUGAAGAGGUCACCAAACAGCUACUUCUGACCGGCAACCACAAAAUUGAGCAAGAUGGGAUCCUGGCGACCCGGCUGUGCACUCACAAGGAUGACGUAGACCUGACCAACGAGCGAAGGUUACAACAACUACCAGGAGACUGUCAGACGUACGAUGCCCUGGACAGUGAUCCCAUGCUGGUGAAGACCAUGAACACGCAGUGUCCGGUUGGGCAGCAGAUUCAGCUUAAGAAAGGUGCUCAGGUUAUUCUGGCCAAGAAUCUGGAUGUAGCUCGUGGUUUGGUCAAUGGAGCGAGAGGAGUCGUCAUUGGGUUCGAGGGAACAGAGAAAGCUUUGCCCAAAGUGCGUUUUCUAUGUGGGGUCACAGAGGUCAUGAAGAUGGAACGUUGGGUCAUUAAAGGUCACGGCGGAAUCUAUCUGAGCCGGCAGCAGCUGCCGCUCAAGCUGGCGUGGGCCAUUUCCAUACACAAGAGCCAGGGGAUGACCUUGGACUGUGUGGAGAUUUCUUUAUCGCGUGUGUUUGAAAGUGGACAGGCCUAUGUCGCACUCUCCAGAGCUCGCAGUCUGGAAGGCCUCCGAGUGAUGGAUUUUGAUCCUAAAGCAGUAAACGCCAAUCCCUAUGUCCUCCAAUUCUACGCCCGGCUCAGGAAAGAGAGAGCUCUGCAGCAGACCUGUCUUGACCCUUUUCUGGAGGACAAGGAGAAUUGAUGUCCAGAUGCUGUAUGUCGCUUUAGCUGUUUACUAUGUAAAUAUUAGUGUACAGAACAAAUUUUGCACUUUUUUAAUAAAGCUUUUUAAGAACUA